AUGCAGCCAGAUCCUCAGAGGCUGGACCAUCUGGCCAUCGAGACCACCUUGCUGCUCGCGUGUCCCCGUUGCAUCUUGACCGCCGCGAUCCGAAUCCAAAAGGACCCGUCGACCCUGGGCUUGGGCCUCAGCAAGCAGAAUUUCGAAGCUUGGAAUCCCGCCGUCGGUCCCGACUGCAAGCUUGUCACUGGGCAUUCGUACUGUGUCGAGGUGAAUCACGGAAACCCGAUUCUACAAUUUGAGCCGACUCCAACGGCGAGCUCAUAA